AUGUUUGCUGUUGGACAUGGAUUGAAAGCCUUGUUGAUGAAAUUCUCGAUGGGUCAUCAGAUGGCAACAAUUAUUACUCAUCCGAUCAUGGUGGGUAUUCAUAGGGUUGGAUGUGAUCUUUCCAAUACUAGAGAAUGGAAAGAAGAGUUGGGAAAGGUUAUUACUUUGAAUGGAAUGUUUGGAGGAUUAUUUAGAGGAAUUAUUCCACAAUUAAUUGCCAAUUAUUUGGUGAAUAUUGUGAAUAGAAGUAAUGUUUUUAAUGGAUUGGUGAUUCCUGGAAUUUCUUAUUAUCCUUUUCUUGGGGAAAUUUUCCCAUUUGUGAAGAGAGUAAUGAUUGGAGUGGCUGCUGGUUUAGUUAGCUAUCCAUUUACAACUUUAUCUUUGAGAAUGCAAAUGAAUCCUGAAGUGGCAAUGGGUGAUAUUAUUUCAGAAAUGACCAAUGAAGGAAUAUCUGGAAUAUAUGCUGGAUUUGCCACUCAUCUUGUUGCUAAUAUUCUCACUGCUGUUUUACACAAAUUCUUGGAUUUGGUUAUUAGAAAACCACUCAAGACACAGAGAUACUAUUAA